AUGGCUUCCAUUCGAAAACCCAGUGGUCAUGGAGCAGAAGUGGAAGCUCAGAAGCGCUCAUCUUCGAAUAGUAAUCAUACUAAGUCAGCCAAAGCCGAGCCGCUGCAGCUACACAGAUCAGUAACAAAAAAUCCGACUGCUUUAGGAGUUCCGGAGAGUAAACGCUUGCCGGAGUCGUUUAGGAAGCGAUCUGGUGAUCCAUCUGUUACUAAACCCGACUUCAGCUCCCUGUCCACCGUUCUUGAGCAUGUAGAUUCACUGACCAUUGACAGCAAGGACCAGGACAAGAAGACAUCAGGCUAUGGCAGCGUCAAAACCAGCUCUGAUGGCACGAGCAGUCUUGGCAAGACAAGUGGGAGUGCCAAGCUAAGCGGCCGCCUCGAUUUCAUGGAGAGUGGCAAGAGCAGUAUCUGCAGAGGAAGCACAAGCAGUGACGUGAGCGAUGAGAGUAGUUGCAGCAGCUUUAGUAGCACUGUCAACAAACCCCACAAGGCCAACGACUUGAGAUGGGAAGCGAUCCAGGCUGUUAGGGUUCGGGAUGGGGUUUUGGGUCUCAGCCAUUUCAGGCUUCUCAAGAGGCUGGGAUGUGGAGACAUCGGGAGUGUUUAUCUCUCUGAGCUGAGCGGGACAAAGUGUUACUUUGCUAUGAAGGUUAUGGACAAGACAUCUCUUGCGAGUCGCAAGAAGCUUCUCCGUGCUCAGACGGAAAGAGAGAUUCUCCAGUCUUUGGAUCACCCGUUUCUUCCCACCCUCUACACUCACUUUGAGACUGAGAAAUUCUCUUGCCUGGUGAUGGAGUUCUGUCCCGGAGGAGACUUGCAUACUCUCAGGCAACGCCAGCCGGGGAAGCACUUUUCCGAGCAAGCAGUAAAAUUUUACAUAGCAGAGUCAUUGCUAGCUUUGGAAUACCUGCACAUGCUGGGGAUUGUGUAUCGUGAUCUUAAGCCUGAAAACGUUCUAGUGCGAGAAGACGGACAUAUAAUGCUCUCUGAUUUUGACCUCUCGCUCCGCUGUCUUGUCAGCCCGACGCUCGUGAAAUCUGCUGCUAUAGAGUCGGAUCCAUUACGCAAAAACGUUUACUGUGUGCAGCCUGCUUGCAUUGAGCCUUCCUGCAUCCAACCGUCUUGCACCGUCCCCACCACUUGCUUCUCCCCACGUUUGUUCUCAAGCAAGUCUAAGAAGGACCGUAAACCCAAGAACGACACCGCUAAUCAAGUUAGGCCAUUGCCAGAGCUGGUAGCUGAGCCAACCGAUGCACGGUCCAUGUCAUUUGUGGGCACGCAUGAGUACUUGGCCCCUGAGAUCAUCAAAGGGGAAGGGCAUGGGAGUGCAGUGGAUUGGUGGACUUUUGGGAUAUUCCUGUACGAGCUUCUCUUUGGGAGAACGCCUUUCAAGGGCUCGGGAAACCGGCAGACACUGUUCAAUGUGGUGGGUCAGCCUCUGCGUUUCCCGGAAACUCCUGUGGUGAGUUUUGCAGCCAGAGACCUCAUCAGGGGCCUGCUCAUGAAGGAGCCGCAGCAGCGGCUAGGGUUCAAAAGAGGAGCCACUGAGGUUAAGCAGCACCCUUUCUUUGAAGGUGUGAACUGGGCUUUGAUUCGGUGUGCGACACCACCGGAAAUCCCAAAGCCGGUAGAGCUGGAGAGUGGACCUGUGAGUGUUGCAGAGGCGCCUUUGAGCCAGAAGACAGCAGCCGGUUUGGUUCUGAAUGCUCAGAAAGGGUCUGAUAACUAUUUGGAAUUUGAUUUCUUCUAG